AUGGCGGAAGAGGAGGAUAUCAUAGAGGUGGUGCGUCCUGCUGCGACAGACGACGAUGAUGAGCCACUGGCAUUCAACGGCAGACGAGCGACCACCGCCCCUCUCGACAGCGAUCCGAUCCCGACUAUUGAAUUGUUGUCAAGUAAUCUUCCAGGACAAGUAUCCAACCCAAGUCGCUCUGCGUGUGCCUACAUUCCCGUUUCCUAUGAAGUCGACAGUGAAGGCAACCUGAUCGACAUCUUCCUGCCACGAUCGAAGUUAGCAGAUUCUACCUCUCCAAAACCUUCCUCGGGCUCGAGUCAAGGCUCUACACCUAGUUCCUCAGAUGCAAGAGAGCAAUUCCGGCACCGGCGGAACAACCUCACACAACUGUCAGAGAGAAUGAAGUCUAUCUCGGAAGAGCCAGAUCAUAAGCUACAACUACCAGUACGGCAGGCGACCCCCGCUGAUGGCUUUAUCAAACAUAGCUCGAAUUCAAGAGCGAGUGUUGUUCCUGACAGAUCCCAUUAUGGGUCUGAAAGGUGGGAGUCAGAAAGUCUAAACGGCUUCAUUGUCUCUGACAAAGAUGAGACCGUAGUUUUGGAAGUAUCUGACGACGACGACGACGACGACGGCUUUGGUUCUCAGCCACAGCGUGCUCAGCCGUCAGAACUCCUACGACACACUACCUACGGUUACGAUCAGCAUCUUGCGGACUCUCCAUCACCUGCUGCCUCAGCCGAUUCCACUGACAAGGACGACCAUUACAACGAGGCAGCAAAGCUGCUCCGGCAGAUCGAGAAUCCAGAGGAUCUAGCGUCUCUGUACCCUGCUAGCCUACAGGUCGCAUCUGUGGCGAGCGACGAAUUUGGUGCGGUCAGUGAAACAGAGCUCCUCAAAAGUCUACUUCCAGGUUGGCCAAAGGCCACUUAUGUUGACCUGAGGGACUUCUCGAUAUACCAGGCUCCCCAGGUCUCUGGAAAAGGAUACGGCGGGCAGCUCACAUCUCUCUUUACUGUCAUCAAGACCUCAAUGAAAGCAAUAGAGCUUGAUUCAGUGCUGGUUGGCGGCCUUGAUGACCCGAGCUCCGCUACUACUACAGAUGAUAUCAGUAUCAUCACCUCAAAAGGCCGUGAGCAAGGCAUCGAGUAUCGGCUAAUCAACGCUUCGAGACAAUACACACCUCUAUUCGAAUCAUUCCUUUGGGUAGCUGAUUUCACGAAGCAUGUGUUCCGCUUCCUUCAGGCGGCCUCGGAGCGCAGACAACCAAUUCAUCUUGCCAACUUCACCAAUGAUUUCUGGCAAUCCACCAGUUCUAUUGACUGGGCAGUACAGUCGAAUAUUGUUAAUCACUGGCAUAAGCUUUGCGACAAUGUGACUGACUUCCGGAGACAUUUCAUUCACUACGGCUCUUUCCUCUAUGAGAGAGCUGCUGAAGUCGCUGAAGAUGGUCUCUUCACAGAGCUGCAAGACCACCCACUAUGGGAGGAGAUCGGUCUCCCUAAGCCUAAGGCCAAGCAGGCAGAGCAUGACCUUACAACUGUGACCGAGGAUGUCGCAACUGCUUUCUUGCCUAGCUUUCCAACCUGGGGCUCCGACGGUUUUGACUUGUUGGAAGUCCUCGCAAUCAGCCUCGCGUUACUCGUGCUCGGAAAGCUCGAUAAGAUGUCGAGCCGCUACGAAGAUGGAUUCACUGAUGCUGAAGGCAGCCGCCAAUCGAAGGUCGACAUCGUCUUGCAAGAAGCUGCUCGGGAGGCAGACUCACCAGACCGACCUGAGCUGUCAGCUCAGCAGACACAAGGCCGGGUUAUUAUCGUCAAGCGUCACAAUACCUACCGAUAUGCAUAUGUCAAAGACGUUAAUGAUAACAGUGUCAAUGUUCUUUGGCUCUUACAACCAAAGGAAACCAUUUGUGGCUCUGCAGAUGAGGGUACGUUCUACCCUAUCGGGAAUGAGCUUUUCUUUUCGGACGAGUGCUGCUGCGACCCAAUAGCCUGCCGAGACGUGCUGGCAGCAUUUGAAGCGUCUGUCCCUGCAGAACAAGGCACAGUCCCAGGCGAGUUCUUCGUUCAUAUGCUUUAUCGAACCCAGUCACAAACAUUCCAUACUGCCGAUCUAUCACAGAUCUAUGGUGGCUGCCUGUCGUGCGACACAUCGAUAUCGGACACACACCAAAAAGAGCCAUACAGACCGAGAACACCAAAGCUGAACACAUUGAGUCUGUUCUCUGGUUGUGGAAUCCUCGACCAUGCCCUCGCAUCUACAUCGUACUUCGAGACAUCGCUUGCCAUCGAGAUAAACCAAACAGCUUUACUCUCACACAAAGUCAAUGAGUCCAACACAAAUUGUCGAUACCACCAUGGGUCGACAAACACAUAUCUCAAGGAGCUUGCAUCAGGCAGAAAGCCGUACGACAGAUUCAAUUUUCUGGUGGCUGGAUGCCCCUGCCAGGGAUUCUCUAGGCGCAACCCAGCGAAGCACAACAAAGAGGGGCAGCGCAAUUGCUCCAUGCUGGCCAAUACGCUCUCUUAUGUGGACCUAUUACGCCUGGAGUAUGUUCUUAUCGAAAACGUGGAGAGCAUGAAUUCCAAGCAAGGCAAAGUUAAUGCUUGUGCACAAGCCAUAUGCUCACUAGUCUCAAUGGGAUACCAAGUACGCAAGAUGGUACUCAAAGGUGGUGACUUCAAUGCUGCCACCAAGCGGACUCGACUGUUUCUCAUUGCAGCUGCUCCUGGUCUAGUCUUACCCGCGGAACCUUCCCCAGUGCAGUCCGAUGACCCGCAGACAGCGUGGUCCGUCAUUGAAGAUCUGCCUCCAGUUCACAACGACGAUGUCAUCAAUCUCCAUCGUCCAGAUCAUGUUCCCUUCGAGCGCCUGGCCAACGACUUUGACGCUAAGGUAUCGCUGCGCGGCAUCCUCAAACGUGUGCCUGUUACUGGUGAAAAGCGGAACUUGUACGGCGCGUGGGAUCAGGGGCACCUUAACAGGAGGCAAGUGAAGUGGUUUGGAAAUCUGACAGAAGAGAAACAGGGGCGAGGCUCGACGACAUUGCAGCGUGUCAAUCCCGAAGGCCUGUUUCCAACAAUAACGCGUUUAAUGGUUCCGCUUGAUUCAAGAGGAUCGCCUUCAAUGCACCCAUUCCAGCAUAGAACGCUGACCCUUGAGGAGUUGCGUCGAGCGCAAGGUCUCCGGGACGACUUCCUCCUCAUUGGAUCAGUCGCAGAUGUGAUCUCGCAGAUCGGCAAUGGGGUGGUGUGGCAGGUGGCGCAAGCGCUGGGUAGGAGCAUCGGUGAGGCGUGGGCGGCCAGUCAGCCACGCUACUUGGAUGAGGACGUGCCAGAGACGCCGGAGGUCCUUAAGCAAGAGACGGCAACGGAGCAGGAUAGCGAUGAGCAAGUGACGCUCGCUACACGGGUAGAUGCUGUCGUCCAUGUGCCGCAGCUUCGCUCAAACCCACCCGAGGCAGCCCAGAAGCGCAAGAUUGCUUGGCGGCAGUAUUCCCCUGAUCGUGUUCUGAGCGAUAAUAGUGAUGAUGAGGUCCAAUUCCUGUCGGAGCGGCGCGUCAGAUCGAGCUCUGGAAAGAGCGAUGGUGGCAGCCCACCCAAGAAGGCGAAAACCAGUCAAGAGGAAUCGUCGGUGAGACAGGGUACGCCGGGUUGGGGUUUCAACAAACUCGACAGCCAACAGGGCGCUUGGUGA